AUGCCCUUAACACUAGCCCGCAGGCGUUCGAGAGAGAAUCCGACGUCAAAGUGCGGGCCGCCCUUCAAAGUGCGACGUCACACCGACCCAGCCCAGGCGCACGUGCCGGCACUGAGAGCAGGCACUGCUGCAGCUGAAGGCGGCGUGGGGCGAGUGGGCGGGAAACAGCAACGCCACCACGACGUGCAUCCCCCCCCCAUGCCCCCCCUCCCCAUCUUCCCCUCCCUCCUCUCUCCCCUCCCAAUUGCAUUCCCUGUACCGGCAGUGAAGGUGCUGCUGCAGCUGAAUGCGGCUGAAGGCGCUGCUGCAGCUGAAUGCAGCGUGGGGCGUGUGGGCGGGCAACAGCAACGCCACCACGGCGUGCUCUGCAUGGGAAGGCGUCACCUGCAGCCCCAACGGGCUCGUCGUUUCCCUGGGGGAGAUGGGUUGAAGGAUGUGGGGGGUGGGAUGGGGGAGGACUGGAUAUUUGAAGAAUGGAACUGGGGUGGACGGGAGAUGGGGGAGGAAUGGGAGCUGGUUGGUAUUGCUGAUCUGACCUACUUUUAUCUGUUCGGGCCCAUUCCAUCCCUCGCCACUCUCACUGACCUCACGCACCUAGCUAUUGGGUCGGUUGUUGGUAGCAGUUUCAUCGGCACUCUGGACGGACUGGCCUGGCUCUCCUCCCUCACCAACCUGCAAAUACUGUCUCUACAGUACUUGGCAUUCACAGGGGACCUGUCCUCCCUGCACAUUCUUUCACACCUGAGAAGCCUACAUCAGCUGCAUGUCAGUAGGCUCACCAACGCCACAGGGGAGAUACCCAGAGAGCUUCAAUACCUGACUGCCCUCACUGCACUGGAUCUAUCCAACCUUCAAUUUGUGGAGUUCCCCAUUUGGGUCACUCAACUCACCAACCUUCAGUAUCUGAACGUGUAUUCAAAGUAUCCACACCGGCAGGGGCGAUUGCUGAAUGAUGACCUCUCUCAGCUCACAGCACUCACCUUCCUGUCCCUUUACGGAAACAACCUGGAAGGCUACCUCCCCAAUAGCUGGACCAAUCUGGUCCACCUGCAAAAUCUUAACUUGGGAGUCAACCAAUUUGAAGGCACCAUUCCGGCAACAUUCUCGGCCCUAACUGACCUGACUGCAAU